AUGGGAAACGCUGUUUUAUGUUAGGAACCUAAGAAAAAAACAACAAGAGGCAAACAGAAUGAUAGAACUCCUAAAAAAAUAGAAAUUAGUGAAAGUGCACCUUAAACACAAAGAAUAUAACAAUAAUAAUAAGUUCGAACUCCAAAACCAUAAUAAGUUGAUAAUUAUAAUUGUCAAGUUCAUUCUGAUGAACCAAUCAAAGCUGUUUGUAUGUGUGAAGAUUGUUCACACAAUAAUAAAAUUUUAUGUGUAGAAUGCUUGAUAGAUUAUUCUUGUAGUAAGAAACUUCGAAUUUCAGAUUAUCUCAGACAUUUAAGAAGUUGUUUAUCAAAGGAUGCAUAAGAAGCAUUUAUGGAAUUAUUUGAUGAGAAGAAUUAAGUUAAGUCUGAUUUGAAUAGAUAAAUUACAGCUGUGAUUGAAAUGGUCUUAACAAAAUUGUCUUCGAUUGGAUAACAAUAUGUUCCAAUUUUAAUUACUAAUUAUUAUUGGGCCUCAUAGAGACUUCCAUUUAAAUUGAAAGAGUAAACAAUACAUUAACUUGAGCUUAUUUUAGAGAGUACAUAAAUAAUUAUAUUAUGACAAUUUUAGAUAAGGCAAAUGAAGCUCAUCCAGAGACUUUAGAUUUUGCAAUUUAUUUAAUUUAGAAUCGUGGAGUAGUAGAAACAAUGUGUGAAUAAAUAGAGAGAAAGAAAAAUAAAAUAACAGAAUUUUCAAAUGACUUUGUAUUUAAGUUUAAUUAAGUAGUAAGUAAAUAUAUGACAGCAAUAGAAGUAAUAAUAAUUAUUAUUAUAGUUUCUAUUUCAUUUAUUAACUACUCCUAUGGAAUAUUUAUUAGAUGAGGAUUAGAAACCAUAAUUAAUGAGUAAGAGGAUUGUUUAGAAUAAAGAUUAAUCUAAUAUACAAAGUAGAAUUAAAUAGAAUGAAGAUAAAUCAAACAUUAUUUCUCCAAAGGAAUCUUAAUAGAUAAAUAAUUAAUAAAGUUAAUAAUAAUAGAAGGUGAACUUUAAAUGUUUAGCACAUAAUUAGGAAGUAAAAUAGAUAUAAAAAUAGUAAGGUGUUAGCUAUUUGUGUAAAAUAGGAUUGCCAACAUAAAGAUAGAAAAAUGUGUGCAGAUUGUUUAAUAGAUACAAAAUGUGUAGAUAGAAUGAAGAUGAGUGAAUUUAGUGCAAGAUUAAGUAGAAUAUUGAAUAAGGAAAUUAUUGAAUAAUUGGCUAUACCUUGGGAUGAUUUAAGUAUACAUAAAGGAAUUGAAAAGUUAUUUAGUACAGCUGGAGAAAAUGUUAAAAAUUUAUUAUCAGAAUAUUCUCUAUCUGUUAAAGAAAUGUUUGUUAAAUAUCAUUUAAUAGAGGAAUCUACACCUAAAGAAUUGAGGGGAUAAUUUACAAAAGAAUACUUUGAUCAAUUUAUUCAUAUGAUGACUGUAUAGUAUAUUAUUAAAAUUACUAUUUUAGAAAAAUAGCAUCAAAUAAUCCUGCUGUUAUUUUAGGAAUAAAAUUCAUUAAUAAUAAAUAAUUAAUAGAUAAUAUGUUAAGUGCAAUUGUUAAAACUGAAUAAGUGUUACCAAAAAAGGCUGAUAAAUUAUAACAUAAACUUGUUAGUAUUAGUUAAUUGUUUUUGGAGAAGAUAUAAAAUCUAAUGGAUUUGUAUAAAUAACAUGGUGAAAUUGAAGCCAUAUAAAAAUAAUAUCAAUUAUUAAAUAAUGAACCAUUUUGUUUAGAAGAAAGCAUAUAUAAAAUUAAAUAAGAUGGUAAGAGUUUGAGUGAAUGGGAACCUUUUCACUUUUUUAAACCAUCUGAUAAAAAUAUAAUAGAUGUUUGUUUUAUUAAUGAUAAUUUAGCAGCUAUUGCAAUUAUUGAUGGAACUAUUAUAAUUUAUAAUGUUAAUUUAAAAAAAUAAACUCAAAUUUUAAAACAUGGAAUAUUUGUAUUUUCUUUAAGAGCUUUUUAAUUUAAUGGAUAAUCAGUAUUACUAUCUAGUGGAUAUUCUCCAUAAACAGGUAAUUCAUUAUGUAGUUGGGAUUUGAAAACAUUAAAACCAACAUUUAUUGUAUCAUAAGCUCAUAAUAAUUCUAUUAGAAAAAUAAAAUAUUUACAUGUUAAUCCUCAAUUCUCAUAAAACUUCUUUACUAAUAGUACAACAACUGCUUAGUUAAGUAGUCAAGUAUCAUAGACUGGAAGCAUGAAUAGUAUAUUUUUAGAUAUUGAUGAAUAAAUACUAUCCUGUUCUGAUGAUGGAAUUAUUAAAUUAUGGAAAUUAGAUACUAAUUUAAAAAUUGUUGAAGAAUAAAUCUUAAAAUAAGGACAAUAAGUAUUAGAUUUCACUUUAUUAAAUGGAUGUAUUCUAGUUUCUGCAAAUAAUGAUAAAACUGUAUCAUUAUCAUUACCAUUUUCAAAUAUUAAUCCUUUUUAAUAUAUAAAUGAUGAUUGUCUUGUUUAUGCUGUCUCACCUAUAGAUUAAUUAAUUUCUAAAAAGAAAUAAUCAAUUUAAUAGAAAUUCAUUACAGGAAAUGAAAAGGGAAUAGCUAAAAUAUUUUAAUGGUAAAAUGGAAGGGCUGUUAUUAUGAAAUAGCUUAAUUUACAUGAAGAUAAAAUUACUAAAAUUUCUAUGUAUUGCUUCAUAAUACAUUAGGUUAUAACCAGGAUUUAUAGCUAGCGUAAGCAACGAUAAAUCAAUAAGUUUAACUUUAAUAUAAUAAGCCAAGGUCCUUACUAAAAUAGAGAAACAUGAAUAUGGAAUAGUUUCAUUUGCUUACCUCAAAGCAAAUGGAUUUAUGAUAACAGCUGAUUAGGGAGGAAAUGCUAUACUUUGGAGAUGA